AUCAGAUUGGGCCCCUAUGCAGAGCCCAGCCUAAGGGGCAAAGGUAGCAGGCCAGAUCCUGCACAGUGCUAUGUGCCUGCGAAGAGGCUUCUGCACCUCCAGCCCCCAUGCCCUUCCUGGGAGCAAAGGGAGCUCAGCACGCACAGAUCAGGGCCUGUAAUCAGCUCCUGGACUCUGGACGGUCUGCACAGGCCUCAGCGCCAUAAAAGGCAGGAAGUGGCCACCGCACAUCAGCCCCAGCCACCGGAGUUCUCUGCCCGUGCUGCUGUAGGGAAAACAGACAUGGCCUGGCUCCUCAUUGGCAUCGGCUUGGCUGUUCUUCUGCGAGUCGACAGCACAUCCCAGGUUCUGAAAGAAGGCAAAGAAAUGGAGGGUUCCUUGGAACAGGACAUUAAGAAGCAAAUUAUUCUGGGCAUAAUAGCUAUUGAGCCACCCAAGGAUGAAGAACAAACAGCGGAUAUUGAUCCUGGAAUGGGGCUGUUGGCUAGUGAUGGCGCACAAGGCGGAAGAGCGCCCAGGAGUGCUAGAGACCUGCCAGCCCUGCUGGGUGCCAAGUCUGCAGCGGUGCCGGAGGAAGACCGAGACCACAUCUACCACCCCCCAGAUGCUGCUCUGAAAGAGGAAGGCCCUGUGCAGAUAGCGGCACUGUAUGCUGAAGCUCUCAGUGGCCCAGAAGAAGACAGAGACCAUCUCUACCAUGGCUAA